AUGGCGAGUCGUGCUUCAGCGAAUAUUACUGAGGAGCCGGCAGGGGCGCCCUCAUGCCCGAUUGAGGGGCAAUUCAGCGAUGAAAAGAAGCUCACAAAGUCGAGCUGCAGCUCAUCGCAAACCGGUGACAGCGUCAUAACGCUCAUCACGAAGGCCGAGGUGAAGGAUCUUAACGCCACGCGCACUCAGUCCAACAUCCCAGGCAAAAACAGUAAUUGGAUAUACCCCUCGGAGCGACAGUUCUACCGAUCCACCCUCGCAAAAGGGCACCGCGUGGACGCCACGGUCAUACCCACCGUCGUACAAAUACACAACGCCAUCAACGAAAAGGCCUGGGAACGCAUCAUGGAGUACGAGGACAUGCAUUACGACCGCUGCCAGAAGCCGGUACUCGCGCAUUUCAUCGGAAAGAAGGACCAGCUCACCCUGCGCGCCAGGCUCAGACAUCUAAUGGGAUACAAGCUGCCGUACGACAGGCACGACUGGACCGUAGACAGGUGCGGAAAACUCGUCAGGUAUAUCAUUGACUUCUACGAGGGGCGUGCGCCGAACGACGAACCCAUCGCCGUGUACAUGGACGUCAGGCCCGAGCUGUCGAUGGGCGGGAUCGUAGACAGGUGUCGCCUGUGGCUGAAAAGGAACCUCUGGUGA